GAGCUUUCCAACCGGACCUUGCAGUAUCUCGUGGACGCCGCCCACUGGCAAAGGUAUUGCGACUCUGCCCUGCAGCGUUCACUGAAGAGGGAUGCCAAUUUCAUUUGGUGCUCCAAGUGUGGAGGUGGUGGAUGGGUGGAUCCAACGCAGCCGACCUCGAAGUGCGGCUGGAACUGCCCUUUGUGCGACAACAGCUUCGUUUACUGUCCCCUGUGCCGCAGGGAUCACGGCAGCGUAAGCUGCAAGCGCUUCCACAAGCUUCGAAAGGAGGUCGUUCUUGGAAAGCAGCAGGCGCAGGAUCGAGACUCCGCUGGUGUGGUCCAACGGAGCUCCAAGAGUUGCCCCUCAUGUAAGAUGCCCAUCCAAAAGGAUGGUGGUUGCAAUUACAUGGACUGCCCCAACUGCCGGCGCCACUUCUGCUGGAGUUGCGGCCAAAUCAUGAAGUCCUCUCACCAGAAGCACAAAUGCGACGCUGGGUUCGAAGCUUCAGGCGUUGUUGGCAAGACCACCCAGGGCCGCCCCUGUGUUGAGUUGACGAGGCUUUUCAUGAACGUCAUCGACAUUGAUUCGAUUGAGGUCAUGAACGUCGAUGAUGAUGAUGUCCAGGACUGCAAGGACAUGCUCGUGCCCAGCGCAGAUCAGGAGGCGAAGUCUCCGCUCUUCGUUGGACCGAGCCAGAUGGAUGGCGAGAUCUUGUUGAGGUUGCCUUUCAACUUUACCAGCGCCAUCUCUUGGGAAGUGACCCACAUCCAUGUGCGGGCCACACACCCGCCGGCACCGAACUGCUGUCGACCCAAAUCGCUGGGGCUGCUGGCAAAUUCGCCGAGCGCCACUUUCAGCGACUUCGAUGACAGCACUGCGGACUUCGAUCCUAGCAGCCUAGUGCUGGCCCAGGCCAAGCAGCCGCCUGCAGAUGCUCCGGCACAAAUUGUCCUCCUUGAAAAGGACGACAUGCAGGCUUAUUGCACGGAGGCCUAUGGCCUACAGGACCAGCCGCUUUGGGCAGGUCUGAAACUUCGCCUGGAGAAGGAGCGUGCGGCAAGAAGUCGUGCAAAGUCCAAUGCAGCCAGGCAGAAGGCCAUCGCAGCCCUAGAAGUUGUCGAGGAGGGCGAGACGGAGGAGGCAAAGCAGGAGCCGAAGGCUACCGAGGAGCAGGUAGACGUGCUGUUCCUGAUCGAGGCACCGGCGGACGCAGAGGACCUGCAGGCAAUGUCCGAUGCAGGCCUCUACGAAGUGGUCGACCUCUGGACGAGCAUCUUCUUCGAAGGCAAGUCUGUGGAUGAAGCCGAUCCGACAGUAGAGGUGCCUUCCGAGGUUCCUGCCGGUCCACAGCUUUUCUAUGAGGCGAUUCACACAGCCUCAACAUCUGCAGAUGUGGCCGGCAGUACUGUCUGCACCAUCAGCGACAGCCAGGCCUUGGCCUUCGAGGCCGAGUCCGAAGAGCCCCAGGAGAACGAGGUGCCUCCAACAGAGAAGACACCGAGUGAGAGAGUCCUCGCGGCCAUGUUGGACGUGGUUGGCAAGGAAGCCAGAUCGCGAAUGCGAUACAAGGCCUGGCUGGAGGCCCAGCUGCACAGAGCUUUGUGCAUACGGUCUGGCUCUUCAACUUCCUGCAGCGUGCUGAUAGGAACAGCUAAACACAGCCAUGAUCUCCAUGACUCGCGAUGA